GACUGUAACACCUAAUAUUGAUAAGCAAGAUGGCGCUGACUUUGAGAAGUGGAUAUUUGGAGAUGCUGAGAACGUGUUGGAGAUUACAAGCACGUCAUGUGAAAAUUCCUGUUCUUAAUCAAAUGGGACUUCUAUAUCCUGCAAUAGCACGUCAUCAAAGUUCUCAGAGCAAAUUACCAUCAAGCAGUUAUGUACCACCGACGUCCUUAUCCAGACCACCGUGGCCAGAAGUGUCCUAUAUCAGCAGUGACGAAGAGGAGAGGCAGCACAAAGUGGUUCUAGAAAAUGUGAACACCCUUCUUGCAAAGGAAGACUAUGGAAGGCUUUUUGCAGUUGUCCAUUUUGCAAGUCGACAGUGGAAAGUGACAAAUGAAGACCUGAUCCUCAUUGAAAACCACAUUGAUGCUGAAUGUGGUGACAGGAUUAGACUUGAGAAGGUGCUGCUGGUUGGUGGAGAAGAGUUCACGCUGAUUGGGAGGCCCCUACUCGGUCGUAAUUUGGUCAGAGUAGAGGCAACUGUCAUUGAGAAGACUGAAUCCUGGCCCAAAGUUCACAUGCGGUUCUGGAAAAGACACAGAUACCAGAAGAAAAGAAUUAUUGUGCAACCACAAACAGUGCUUCGGAUCAACACAAUUGAAGUUGCUCCCAGAUUGACAUGAUGCUACAUGUUUUGAAUUGUAAAUAAACUUUUGGCCAAUGACUGUGCCACUGAAAUUUGGAACACAUGCUCAGUUGAAAAUAUAAAUGGGAAAACAUAGUUAUGGACAACAUUUGGUGUCUUUCAAGUGAAUCUUUGUAAAUGUGCCUUUUUAUGUUAUCAGAUGUGUUGUAUAAGUACAAUUUAAGCAAACUGUCAUAGGUCAAUUGUUUAUGAAUCUGUUGUGAAAUUGGUGAAAUCCAGGCCCAGUUUCUCUCCUAUAUGACAAAUAGCCAUAGGACACCUAUGAUAUCAUGUUGCACAGUGGAGAAACCUAGCUUGAAGACAGCAAAGAAGGAUAACAUAAUAUAGUAAGUGAAAAUCUGGGACACGGUGUAUUUUCGCACUUGGUCCCUUUCAGCCAAGUUUUGUGAACUCAGUGUGGUUCGCUUAAUUUUUUUGCAGUGUGAAUACUCCAAAAUAACUCAGACCCUUCAAAAGGGCCCCCGAACCGAACUGAGACAGUCUGGAGAGGUAGUCUCAGUAUGCAAUUUAUUCUAGCUCUUAAAGGGGCAGUAGCCUACCUUGGGUGUACAAUUUUCAAUGACAGCAUUAUUUAUUCUGCAGUUGUACUAUUACUAUGUAUUCUGUUACCAAUCAAAUGUACAUGUUACUAGUAUCUUCCGAUUAUAAUUACUGUACUUUUUCACGA